AUGAAAAGGAUCAACAAAAACAAAAAACGCAACGAAGAUUCUCCAACUUUGUCCAUUUUGAGGAAAGGAGGUAAUGCAGUGGACGCAGCCAUAGCAGCAUUAUUUUGCGAAGGAGUAGCUAUGCCGGAAUGCAUGGGAUUAGGAGGUGGAUUUCUGUUGACCAUGUACAACAAGACCACUGGAGAAGUUUGGUCACUGAAUGCCAGAGAAGCUGCACCUAGGUUAGCUACCGAGGACAUGUUCGUGGGACAACCAGCCAAUGCUUCGUGGCGAGGUGGAAGAGCUGCAGCUGUUCCAGGUGAACUUCGUGGAUACUGGCAUCUUUAUAAAAGAUUUGGAGGUGGUGUACCCUGGAGAGAAUUAGUGCAGCCCACAAUAGAUCUAUGUAAUAAUGGAAUUUACGUCACGAAAAUAUUAGCUCAUCGUUUCAUGAUAAGGAAACAACUUCUCUAUAAGGAUUUGACUCUGAGAUAUGCUACGAAAGAACUAGUCAUUCGCAAGUCCAUCAAACUCAAUGGAAAAAACAUAUAUAUCGCACAGGAUCUAAGCAGAGAAGAUAGAGAUGAUCAGAAAAUAUUGCUGAAACAUCGAAAUGAUGCCAGAGCAAAGAAACUGAAUGCUGAAAUUGAAGGCACAACUUCGAAUAUUAACGGAGACUCUCAUACUGUUGAUCAGUUGAAGGACUUCGGCAAAGAAGAAGUUGAGGAGGAGAAGAGAGUUGUUUUACCUGAAUCACGAAAUUUGAAAUCGACAAGUGCACCAGAAACUUCCAACGACUUAUAUUUACAAGACGAGGCAAGAGCCUUGGAAUUGAUGAAUUGA